AUGGUGAUAAUGUUGAUAGUGUUGUUAAUCGUCCGACAGUGUCUCAGAGUAUGUUCAUUGGCAUGGUUUGCAGCUAAUUUAAAGUUUGAGGAAGCUAGGGAGUUAACCUACGCUGAAAUGCCCAGGAAAUUUGUUUGGAAGAAAGACAAAAGAGAAUGGCAUCCUAGACAAAGAAAUUUUGCAAUUGGAAGGAUUUUCUAUGUUCCACCAAAAUGCGGUGAAUUAUUUUAUUUGAGAUGUUUACUAAAUUUGGUGCGAGGUCCUACAAGUUUUGAAGAAAUAAAAUGUGUUGAUGGAAAGCAAUAUAUGUCAUUUAGAGAUGCAUGUUACGCUAGAGGAUUAAUUGAGGAUGACAAAGAAUAUGUGGACGCUAUUCUAGAGGCAUCACUAUGGGCAACUGCUUAUUUGCUAAGGAAACUUUUUGUCACACUGUUGACAUCAAGUUCAAUGUCAAAGCCAAAAAUUGUGUGGGAAGCUGUUUGGAUACAUCUAGCAGAAGAUGCGGAAUACCAAGCUAGAAGAACUUUAGGAUUCCCAGAUGUAGUUCUUACAGAUACACAAAAGAAAAACUAUGCUCUGACAGAGAUUGACAAAUUAUUGAGUUCUUGCAACAAGUCAUUACAAGAUUAUCCACCAAUGCCUAUACCUGAUGGACCAAGUAACAGUUUAUUGUUACUGAUAUACAAUAAAGUUAUGUCUGAUGUGGAUACCAAUAAAGGUGGGCUAUUCUUUGUCUAUGGAUAUGGUGGUACGGGGAAAACAUUUUUGUGGAAGACACUAUCAGCUGCUUUACGGUCAAGGAGAGAGAUUGUCCUAAAUGUUGCAUCCAGUGGUAUAGCUUCACUAUUGCUACCAGGUGGUAGGACUGCUCACUCAAGGUUUGCAAUACCUAUUUCUAUAAAUGAAGACUCAACAUGCAACAUCAAGCAAGGUUGUCCAUUAGCUGAACUCAUUGUUAGAGCAAAGCUAAUUAUUUGGGAUGAAGCCCCUAUGAUGCACAAACAUUGUUUUGAAGCAUUAGAUAAAACAAUGAGAGACAUACUCAGAUUCUCUGAUUCUUUAAGCUCUAACAAGACUUUUGGUGGAAAAACAGUUGUUUUAGGUGGUGAUUUCAGGCAGAUACUUCCAGUUAUUCCCAAAGGAACAAGACAGGAUAUUGUUCAAGCAAGUGAUGGAAAGCUUGGUGGUAAUACUGACGAUGAUUGCAAUAUCAAUAUUCCUUCACAGUUCCUAUUGCAAAACAAAGGAGAUCCUAUCAAACAAAUUGUUGAGGAAACAUUUCCUUCAUUUGGUACUGGUGUUAUAGAUCCUGAACAGUUAAAGAGUAGAGCUAUUUUGGCACCAACAUUAGAUGUUGUGGAUCAAGUCAAUGAAUACAUGAACAAUUUAAAUCAAGCUUCAUCAAAGACUUAUCUAAGUUGUGAUUCUGUUUGCAAAGCGGAUACAAAUGACAAUAUGUUGGCCGAAGUGCACACUACUGAAUUUUUAAACAGUUUAAAGUGUUCUGGUGUACCAAACCAUUCCUUAUCAUUAAAGGUUGGAUCUCCAAUAAUGUUGUUGAGGAAUAUCGACCAUUCGAUUGGUCUUUGUAAUGGAACACGAUUGAUUGUCACCAAGUUAGGUAACCAUGUGAUUGAAGCCAAGAUAUUAUGUGGCAUACAUUAUGGGACAAAUGUAUUGAUACCCCGGCUAUCGUUGACUCCGUCAGAUCCAAUACUUCCGUUCAAAUUUCAAAGGAAGCAGUUCCCGGUGUUGUUGUCCUAUGCAAUGACAAUAAACAAAAGCCAAGGACAAACAUUGUCAGUAGUAGGUUUACUCUUAAAGAAACCAGUAUUCAACCAUGGUGCUGAGAUAGCAAAACCAGAGAGGAAAGCCAAAUUAGAAGCCCCAAGCCGUAGACGGGGAACCCAGCCACCGCUGUCGAAAAUCCAUCGCCGAAACACCAUUGCCAUCAUCAACGAGCAAGGCUUCUACUGCCACCACCAAGAAUCUGGAGAAGGAAGCUUGCUCACGUCGCUGCUUCUUACUGUCGGCAGAGAAUGUAGGCAGCAGCCACAUUAG